AUGGCCAAAAUGGCUCUGGGGUCCAGGCUUUCUCUCCUCCUGUGUCUGCUGGCGGUCUUUCAAUUUGCGCUGGCGCAAAAAUGCUGGCGAGAUGUCACAUGCGCCGGACCGAAAGAUAGCGCCUUUCCAGGGCCGUGGGAGGACAACAUUUACGCGCCAUCGUCCAGAACCGUCAGCCCUAAGCGGACGAUCUUAUCGCUGGCCAGACCGAACGCCACGGUCGAUUAUCAAAAGUCUAAACCGUACACGUUGCGCGGAAAUGGAUCGGAAGUGGUGUUCGACUUCGGGAUCGAGGUGGGCGGCAUCGUCACGCUGAAUUACACCUCCAAAGGCGGCAGCGGUGCCCUGGGCUUGGCUUUCUCCGAAGCGAAAAAUUGGAUCGGAGAAUGGUCGGAUUCCUCCAAUGGUGCCUUUAAGGGUCCUGACGGUGCUUUGUAUGCUAAUUUCACGAAAGAUGGGUCCGCAUCGUAUGUUAUGCCGGAUGAGUCUCUUCGCGGAGGGUUUCGGUAUUUGUCGGUAUUCUUGGUCACAAAGGAUCAAGUCUCGGUCGAUGUUGAUGCCGUGAGCUUGGAGAUUGGUUUCCAGCCUACCUGGUCGAAUCUGCGGGCGUACCAAGGGUACUUCCAUUCCAAUGAUGAUCUCCUGAAUCGCAUCUGGUACAGUGGCGCCUAUACGCUGCAGACCAAUGCCGUCCCCGUGGACACGGGCCGUCAGGUGCCUAUGCUUACGAAAGGAUGGGCCAAUAAUGCGACCAUGGGACCUGGAGAUACGAUUCUCGUGGACGGUGCGAAGCGAGAUCGUGCCGUCUGGCCGGGCGACAUGGGCGUGGCGGUUCCUGCGGCAUUCGUUAGCACUGGCGAUUUGGAAAGCGUAAAGAACGCCUUGCAGACAAUGUACGAUACUCAGGAUAACUCAACGGGCGCGUUUGACGAAUCAGGACCGCCGCUGAGUCAAAAAAACUCGGACACAUACCACAUGUGGUCCAUGAUAGGAACGUAUAACUAUCUGCUGUACACUAACGAUACAUCCUUUCUAUCGAAGAACUGGAACAAGUACCAAAAGGCUAUGGACUAUAUCUACAACAAAGUAGAUAACUCAACCGGUCUGCUGAAUGUCACUGGCACGCGCGACUGGGCCAGAUGGCAGCAGGGAUAUAGCAACAGUGAAGCACAGAUGAUACUAUACCAUACCCUGACAACAGGUGCACAGCUAGCCUCCUGGGCAGGCUCCAGCCUCACCAACAAAUGGAACGCCCAAGCAACAGACCUGGCACAGUCCAUCAACGAGUAUUGCUGGGACGACGAAUACGGUGCAUUCAAAGACAACGCCACAAUCACAGCUCUACACCCACAGGACGCAAACAGUCUAGCCCUUCUCUACGGAGUCGUUGACCCAGACAGAGCCAGCAGGAUCUCCAAGAAUCUACUGCAAAACUGGACCCCGAUCGGCGCAGAGACACCCGAGUUACCGAAUAACAUCUCUCCAUUCAUCUCAUCCUUUGAAAUACAGGGCCAUUUCGAGAUUGGUCAGUCCGCCCGAGCGCUGGAGCUCAUCCGACGAAGCUGGGGCUGGUACCUCAACAAUCCCAACGGCACCGAGAGCACAGUGAUCGAGGGAUAUCUGGUAGACGGCUCUUUCGGAUACCGAUCCGACCGCGGGUACAGUAACGACCCAUCGUAUGUCUCGCAUGCACAUGGGUGGUCCGCCGGUCCAACGAAUGCCUUGACAACCUACCUCCUGGGUCUCUCCGUCACGUCGCCGCGCGGCCUGACGUGGAAAAUUGCACCGCAGUUUGGCGAUCUCAAGACCGUCGAGGGCGGGUUCACGACUUCGCUGGGCAAGUUCCAGGCGUCCUGGGAUAAGAGCCCGGAUGGGUACACGCUGCAGUUUUCCGUUCCGCCUGGGACGAAGGGGAACCUGACGUUGCCAUAUGUGAGGAGCUCGGAGAAGCCGUCGAUCACGAUUGACGGCAACGAUAUCUUCAAGGGCGUGUACUAUGUCGAUGAUACGGCAACGAUUACCGUUACCCUACAACAUCCGCCCAUCCGCAACUCAAACAACAAACCACCAACUCAACACCCAAACAACAAUGCGACCACCAACAUCAACAAUGCAGGGCACGCCCCUCCGCGCCUGCACACAAUGCAUCCGGCGCCAAUACUUUCGCGCAAGCCCCACCCCGCAGCGCCUCCUCAGCACCACCCGCACCCUCCGCUCCACACCCAACAACCCGCUCCGCAACUCCGCCAGCUCGCGCGCCCGCGAAGCCGAGAUCGCCCGGUCCCGAAACACAAUGACGCUUUCCGCAGCGGGAAUAGUAGCCUGCGCGGCGGCGAUGUACGGGGUGAUCAAGCUGGAUCUAUUCGGCCUCGACCAGGCGUCCGCGAAGGAAGAGCAAAACCAAGUGCCGGUGCAGAAAGAGGGGGCGAUGAAACUGGACGGACCGGCGGGAUUCGGGGGCAACGCGUCCGUGAUACGGGUGCAGGGCAAGACGGCGCGGAGGAGGUUUCCACGGGGACGAGCACGAUUCCAACUUUUCCGAGCGUGAUCCGGCUACCGAAGGACCUUGAUGCGGGGGCGUUGAAGGCCGGGGAUGAGGUGCCCGAGUCCGUCGAGGAGGAGGAGUAUCAGCUGCUUGGGCUGGGGAUUCGGACGGUGUCGUUCCUCAAGAUCCAGGUGUAUGUGGUCGGGAUGUAUGUGGCCAAGAGCGAUAUCUCGGAGCUGCAGCAGCGGCUUGUGCGCACGGCGGUCAACCCGCCGGGUGCGAAGGAGGGGGUUGUUGAUACGCCGGGCGCGACGUCUGCGACAUCGUUGGUUUCGACGGAGAGACAGGGCUUGAAGGAGUUGCUUUUGGAUGCGGAGCGCGGCGAUGAGGUCUGGGAUGCCGUCAUCCGGGGGGAUGGGCUCAAGACUGCGUUCCGGAUUGUUCCUACGCGGAAUACGGAUUUCUUGCAUUUGCGCGAUGGCUGGGUGAGGGGGAUUACAGGGCGGGCGCAGAAGGCCAAUGCGAAGGCGUUGGAGGGUGCGCAGAGUGAGUUCCAGGAUGAGUCGUUUGGGACUGCGUUGAAUGAUUUCAAGAGUCUGUUUGGAGGUGGACAGAGGAAGAAUGUGCCCAAGGGGCAGACGCUGUUGCUUGUGCGUGGUGGCCGUGGGGAGUUGGAUGCGCUUUUCCACCCGGACCCGGCCAAGCCGGUGCGGUUCUUGGGGCGCGUGUCCGAUGAGCGGAUCAGUCGGUUGGUUUGGCUGAAUUAUCUCGCUGGUAAGAAUGUUUCGAGCGAGGGUGCUAGACAGAGUGUUGUGGAUGGGGUGAUGGGUAUUGUUGAACGGCCGGUUGGGACUGUCGUGCAGAAGAUUGUGUAA